AUGUACAUGAUCAACUACCUCAUGUCCAUGUCGACGCAGAUCUUCUCGGGCCACCUGGGCAACCUGGAGCUCGCCGCGGCGUCGCUCGGCAACACCGGCAUCCAGAUCUUCGCCUACGGCCUCAUGCUGGGCAUGGGCAGCGCGGUGGAGACGCUCUGCGGGCAGGCCUACGGCGCCCAGAAGUACGACAUGCUGGGCAUCUACCUGCAACGCUCGGCUGUGCUCCUGUGCGCCACGGGCGUCCCGCUGGCCGUGGUCUACGCCUUCUCGGAGCCGAUCCUGGUGUUCCUGGGGCAGUCGCCGGAGAUCGCCCGCGCCGCGUCCGUCUUCGUGUACGGCCUGAUCCCGCAGAUCUUCGCGUACGCCAUCAACUUCCCGAUCCAGAAGUUCAUGCAGGCGCAGAGCAUCGUGCUCCCGAGCGCCUACAUCUCCACCGCCACGCUGGCGCUGCACCUGCUGCUCAGCUGGGUCGUCGUCUACAAGGCCGGCCUCGGCCUGCUGGGGGCCUCCCUGGUGCUCAGCCUCAGCUGGUGGCUCAUCGUCGCCGCGCAGUUCGCCUACAUCGUGAUGAGCCCCAGGUGUCGACACACCUGGACGGGGUUCACCUGCCAGGCCUUCUCGGGCUUGUGGGACUUCCUCAAGCUCUCCGCCGCGUCCGCCGUCAUGCUUCCAGGUCUCAUGACUAUUUCUGGGUGGGUGUUCAUGAUCUCAGUAGGGUUCAAUGCUGCUGCUAGUGUGAGAGUGAGCAAUGAGCUCGGUGCCGGCCACCCAAAAUCUGCCUAUUUCUCAGUGUGGGUAGUGACUGCGGUCUCUACACUGAUAUCUGUCAUUCUUAGCAUUGUGAUCCUCCGCCUGCGCAACUACAUCAGCUACUUGUUCACAGAGGGUGAGGUGGUGUCGAACGCGGUGGCGGAUCUCUGCCCACUGCUUUGCCAUCACGCUCAUUCUCAACGGCAUCCAACCUGUUCUGUCAGACUCGUUGGUGUUCCCCUUGGCGCCCUCCUCGGGUUCGUCUUCAAGCUCGGUGUAAAGGGUAUUUGGGGUGGUAUGAUUGGAGGAACUUGCAUGCAGACGGCUAUUUUGUUGUGGGUCACCUUGAGAACUGAUUGGAACAAAGAGGUAGAGGAAGCACAGAAAAGGUUACACAAAUGGGAGGAUAAGAAGACGACGGAGGAGCCCCUUCUUGCGGGGAUCGGCAAUGACAAUUAA